CCCUCCAACAUGGCUUCUUCUUUUUCCUAUGUUCCCACGCUUCCUUUUAUCAAACAGUUUCUUAAUAAUAAGUUGUUCUUUUUACUUCAUUCUGUCCUUAAAAUUCUAUUUUCUUAUUUUUUUACGUGAACCCCACUUGUAAUAACUCUAACCCAGAUCAAGAAUGAAGUUUUUUAAUGGAAUGUGUUUUAAUUUCUUCUUCGUUUUCUGUGUACUGGCAUCUGACUCAUUUUCCUUUGAUAAUUUUCAUCAAACGUUUCCUAUUGUAGAGCCUGAUCCUGGUCACACAAAACUUCGCCUUGUGAGAGAAGGACUAGAGGCAAUAGAAAGGAUAACAACGCCCAUUGCAGCUGUUGCUGUGAUUGGUCCAUAUCGUUCAGGAAAAUCGUUCCUCCUGAAUCAGCUCCUUUCCCUUUCUUGUAAUGAAGGUUUUGGUGUUGGGCAUAUGCGUGAUACUAAGACUAAAGGUAUAUGGAUUUGGGGUACUCCAAUAGAGUUGGACAUUGAUGGAGGAAAAACUUCUGUUUUCUACCUUGACACUGAAGGUUUUGAAAGUAUUGGAAAGUCAAAUGUGUAUGAUGACCGGAUUUUUUCCCUUGCAACUAUUCUGAGUUCUGUGCUUAUAUAUAAUCUACCUGAGACGAUCCGUGAAGCUGACAUAUCGCAACUGUCAUUUGCCGUUGAAAUUGCUGAAGAGUUCUAUGGAAGAGUUAAGGGGCAAGACGUUGCUUUCGAACCAGCAAAGCUCCUAUGGCUUAUCCAGCGUGAUUUUCUACAAGGAACAUCUGUGCAAGAAAUGGUCAACGAAGCUCUACGACGAGUCCCUAACAGUGAUGGUGAUGCAAAUAUUGAUAAGGUGAAUCAGAUUCGAGAUUCAUUAGCUGUAAUGGGUGACAAUAACACAGCCUUCAGCUUACCACAACCUCAUCUUCAUCGCACGAAGCUUUGUGACAUGAAGGAUGUUGAACUAGAUCCUGAUUAUGUCAAUAAGAGGGAGCAAUUGAAAGAAGUUGUUGCAUCUAUCAUUCGUCCAAAGAUUGUCCAGGGUAAAUUUCUCAACGGGAAGGAGUUCGUAUUGUUCUUUGAGCAGAUACUUGACGCCUUGAAUCAAGGAGAGAUUCCAUCUACAGGCUCCCUCGUGGAGGUUUUCAACAAGGGUAUUCUAGAGCGGUGUUUAAAACUGUACACCGAGCAGAUGGCUAUCAUAGUUUUACCAAUGCAAGGGGAGUCUUUGCAAAAAGCUCAUGGACAGCAGAGAGAUGCAGCAAUGGAAGUUUUUGGGGAACAACAUUUUGGUCGUCGCCAUGCAAGGAAAUCAGUCGAUCAAUUGGAAGCGGAGAUUGAAAAGGUGUAUAAGGAUAUCAGGUUGGCAAAUGAAUAUCAGUCCUCAAAGCUGUGUGAGGCUAUGUAUACUAGAUGCGAGGACAAAAUGGACGAACUUCAGGCCCUUAGACUUCCUUCAAUGGCAAAAUUCAACGCCAGCUUCCUCCAAUGCAACCAAAGUUUUGAAAGAGAAUGUGUUGGACCUUCUAACAGUUACUACCAACAGCGAAUGAUGAAGAUGUUGGGGAAGUCAAAAUCUUUAUUCAUUAAGGAAUAUAAUCAGAGACUGCUCAAGUGGCUGGUGGUUUUCUCACUGGUCAUGGUGGUGUUAGGGCGGUUCGUUAUAAAGUUCUUUUUGGUGGAGCUUGGUGCAUGGAUACUCUUUGUCUUCUUAGAAACAUAUACGAGGAUGUUUUGGUCCGACGACUGGCUUUACUUCAAUCCAGUCUGGAAUUCUUUCCUAGCAACUUGGGAAACACUUGUGUAUAAUCCUAUUCUUGAUCUGGACAGAUGGGCUAUUCCUAUAUGUGUGGUAGCUGCAAUAGUUGUGGUUAAUUGGCGAUGUUACAGGAGGAUGCGACAUGGUCCUAGGUGGUCGUUACCUGUGUACAGAAAUCAUAAAGAUCGGAGUAAUUGAAAUGGUUGCUAACUGCCAGUCCGAGGCAGAUCUAAGGCGCGUUUGCAGGUUCAAGUGUUCCCAGCUAUACUAUGUAUAUAUAAUGUAUUCAAAAAAAAAAAUUAUACAUAUAGCUAUACGGAUUGGCAGAAGACCUCAAACAGGUCAUGAACUUGUUGUAACUUGUAACACUUUUUAUUCUUACAAUACAUAUGCAGAGCUUCUACUUUCCUGAAAACUGUUUCAUUCAAAAAUCAGAUCGUGGAAAUCAUAAAAGGACAACUCAAUGCACCAAGUAUUUGUUAUGUUUGAAGUCCAGUAAAGGAACGAGUACACUGAAUCCGUUCUAGGUAGUCCAAAAUUUUGCAAAAGACUUUUCAGGGCUUGAAAACUGUCAAAUUCAGUGCUUGUCUUGUAGUGAAUUUAGCAAUUAGCAUUGAGCAUAUAACAUUUGAUGAUAUUGCACUAACUUUUGUAUUAUGUAUAUAUUUAUAUACUCUUCGAAAAUACAUUGAAUUCUUCAAAUUAAAACAAAAAGAAGAAAUACAAAAAAGCCUUCUGUACAAGAAAAGCUGAUCAAGCUAUACUUUCUCUAUAUAUCCCAUGGAUUGUUAUACAAAAAUGAAACCAUAGAGA